AUGGCGCAAACUUUACGAGUUAUUCCGCCGCUGCCCACCACCGAGAGAGGAACCUCCUGUUCCAUCACGUGUGACAAAGCUGGUGAGCUGUUGCUCUACUGCAGCGGCAGCAAUGUAAUUUGGCGGCCGGUGUCUGCUAUGGCAGCAGGAACCGAAAAGCCCGAGGAAGUAUUCUGCUGGAGAGGUCAUGUGAAGAACACCACCUGCGCAGCUAUGUCCCCCAACGGCCAGUGGGUUGCUUCCGGUGAUGUCACCGGAGCAGUGAGAGUCUGGGGUGCCAAAGGGGACCACGCCCAGAAGAAUGAGUACAGACUCUGGGAUGGAGUUGUGAAAGAUGUGGCGUGGAGCGACGAUAACGGCCGCUUGGUUGCAGCUGGUGAUGGCAAGGAGGUGAGGGCGGCGGCAAUGAUUUGGGACACUGGCAGCAAGACCGGCGAGGUAAGCGGCCACACGAAGCAGGUGAACUCGAUUGCUUUCCGAUCGCAGCGGCCGUUCAGAGUGGUCACCGGAGGGGAGGACAUGCAGGUGAUCUUCCACCAGGGCCCACCCUUCAAGUUUGCCAGGUCCUACACCAACCACUCCAACUUCGUCAACAGCGUGCGCUACUCGCCGGACGGCGCAUGGUUCGCUUCCGCCGGCUCCGACUCCAAGCUUUGCUUGUACGAGGGUAAGGAGGGCGAGUUCUUGAAGGAGUUUGCGAAGCCGGAGGGUGUCUCUGGCAGCUUCUGGGCCAUGGCCUGGUCCCCGGACUCAAGCCAAAUCGUUACGGCUGGAGGAGACAAGAAGCUUCGCAUCUGGGACCGAGAGGCAGCCGCCCAGGUGGCGGAAGCAAGUGUCGGUACAGGCCUGGGGGACAUGCAAGUGGGCGUGUCUUGGGCGUCCUCCACGCGCGUGGUCUCGGUCUGUUUGGAUGGACGGCUGCUUCUCUGGGAUGUCGCAACUGGGCUGAGCCUGGCUGGCACCGUCAACGGCACGCAGGGACCUUUGAACUGUUUGGCCUGCGACAAGAAGUUGAAGUGCUUGGUCUAUGGAGGGACGGAAGGUUCUGUUGCCAUCGCUCCGGCGUCAGGGCCAACGAUCCAGGCGAGUAUUGGGAAGGGUAUUCAGCAUGUGCUAGGACACUCGGACUCGUUCGCAGGGAAGCCGGAAGCCUGGAUCAUCUCGCUGGACGACUGUAUCCGCAAGAUUGGCUUGGAAUCUGGCGAGGUAAGCGCACCGGUCGAGGUGAAGGAGUUCAUGGUUGGUGCAGGAUGGUUGGAUGCUGGUGAAUCGAAGCUGAUCGUUGCCACUGGCAAGCGGAACUUCCAUUGUGUUUCAGAUUCGAUUCUCUGGAGCAAGGCGGAGGCUGUGAAGAGGAGGCCCACUGCCUUUGCCAGCCUCGCAGGAAAGAAGGUGGCUGUGGCAUUGGAGCAGCCCGAGGGUCAGACGGGUGGUAUGUCAAGUGCACAGUACGACAUCCAGCUGUUGGACAUUGCCGACGAGACUGCCGAUGGCCUGGUGGAAAAGGCGGUCUUGCAACGCCACCUUGCAGAAGUGUGUGCCCUGCGCUUCUCCCCGACAGGGGAGCACCUUGCCUCCAGUGACGCAGCUCACAAGAUUGUGGUGUGGGGGCUGAUGGAUGAGGUUCCUGUAGCCAAGAUUUCCGACUGGAACUUCCACACCGCAAGGGUCGGAUCCUUGGAUUGGCUCGAGGGUGGCCAGAAGCUUGUCAGCGGCUCCCUGGACAGACAUCUUUUUGUCUGGGACAUUCGGGACCCUGCGUCCAAGGUGCAGAUCAAGGACACGCACAAGGGUGGGGUCACGGCCGUGGCUGCAGUGAGCGAUUCCAGCUUCGCUUCUGCCGGUCAUGACGGUUUCGUGCUGCUACAUGGGCUGAGCUAA